GCAAAUUUGCUAUGGACCCAGUCGCAGGACCUGUGAUGCUAUUCUUGCACAGGAUGAUGGUCUACAUGAUGCUGGGACUGGGAUCCCUGCUGGUGGAGGCACUCCCCCAGCCCUGCCCUCCAUCCUGCCAAUGCUACGACGUCUCCAAAGUCUUCUGCUCAGAGGAGAGGAUGCAGGAGAUCCCCGCAGGCCUGCCGGGGAAUGCCACCCAGCUCUUCUUCGUGGAGACAGCCCUAAGCGGCCUCCACAACGGGGCCCUGGGCUCCAGCACCACCCUCACCAAGCUGGUUUUCCUCAACAACAACAUCCAGGUGCUGGAGCCUGGCACGUUUCAAGGGCUGCCCAACCUCACAGAGCUGGAGGUGUCGGGCAACCCGCUGGCAGCCGUCAGCCCCGGGCUCUUGGCCGGCCUGCCCAGUCUCAGCAAGCUCUCCCUGGGCUCCAACGCCAUCCGCUCCCUGGAGCCAGGGCUCUUUGGCGCUGUGAGUUCCCUUCAGGACCUGCGUUUGCAGAGGAACAAGAUUGAGGUGCUGCCCCCCGAGAUCUUCCACCCGCUCCGGCUCCUCCAGACCCUGGACCUCUCCCAGAACGUGGUGGCCGAGCUGCCGCCGGGGCUCUUCGCCCCACUUGCCUCCCUCCGCGUCCUGAAGCUGAGCGACAACCUGCUGGCCCAGGUGCCACCUGGCAUCUUUGGCGGCCUGGGGCGCCUCCGUGAGCUCCACCUGGACGGCAACCGGCUGGCGGAGCUGCCACGCGGUGCCUUCGCCGGCCUCGGGGCGCUGCGGCGGCUGCAGCUGCAGCACAACGCCUUGGGCAGCCUGCACCCCGCCGUCUUCUCCUGCCUCCCCAACCUCACCUCCCUCAGCCUGGAGGGCAACCGCCUCGCCGCCCUGCCCGCCGCCCUCUUCCAGGGCACCCCGCGGCUCCUCGACCUCUCGGUGGCCCGUAACCGCCUGGAGACGGUGCCCGAGGGAGUCUUCACCAACCUCUCGGAGGUGCAGAGCCUGGCGCUCUCGCACAACGGCCUGGCGCGCCUCCCUGCCGGGGCUUUCCGGGGCCUCUCCAGCCUCGCGGCGCUGCGGCUGAGCCACAACAACCUCUCCAGCCUGGCGCCCGGCCUCUUCGCCGAGCUGGCCAACCUGGCGGCGCUGGCGCUGGAGCACAACCGCCUGCCGCGGCUGCCCCCAGGGCUCUUCGAUGCCAACGAGGGGCUGGUGCGCCUGGGGCUGGCGGGCAACCCCUGGGUGUGCGACUGCCGCCUCGCCUACCUGCUGCGCUGGCUGCAGGCCUCCGCCGACCCGCCGGCCCACGCGCCGGCCUCCUGCGCCCGGCCGGCGCCCCUCCGCGGACGCUCCCUCCUGGAGGCCGCGGGGCGGCCGCUGCCCUGCCGGCGCGCCGAGGAGGAGGAGGAGGAGCGGGGCGACGAGGAGGAGGAUGAAGCAGAGGACGAGGAGGAGGACGAGGAGGAGGUGGCGCCGGGGCGGUGCGCCUACCGUGACGCCGAGGGCAGCGUGCGGGCGGCCUGCGACGCGGCGGGCUGCCGGCGGCUCAGCCUGCGCCUGCCCGGCCGCCCGGGGCCGGGGCUGCCGUACCGGGGCGCCUGGGUGCUGCGGUCCCGCUGCGGCGCCCUGCGCGUCAGCGGUGGUGGCUGUGAGGUCGAUGAUGGGUUACACUGCCAGAGAUAUGAGACUGUGGAGACCAUCAGCUAUUGA